AUGGCAGACAACGAGCAUCUGAGGGAGAGGUUCAUUUCCCAGCUCGGCGAAAGUGCAUGGGAUCAAAACUGGGCGUCCGUUUUGAAAUGGAGUCCGGAGUUGUUGGAAGCGAGUAUCGAUCUGCUGGCUGUUCCAAAGCAGAAGAGACACCUAUCGCCCAAGACACAGCAGCUCAUCUCCAUCGCCGUGGAUAGCUCUUCUACCCACCUCUACUUGCCGGGCGUUCGGCAACACGUCAAAGAAGCGUUAAAGCAAGGUGCAACACCAGCCGAAAUCAUGGAGCUCAUUGAGCUGACGAGCACAUUGGGAAUCCAUGCUUGCAAUAUCGGAGUUCCGGUACUACUCGACGUGAUGAGGGAAGCGGCUAUCUUCGAUCAGCAUCCGACGGCGGGUCAGCCCUUCGACUCUCGACGAGAACAGCUCAAGGCCGACUUUGUGGAAAAGCGCGGGUACUGGCAUCACUUCUGGGAGGAGUUUCUGGCGCUGGAUCCCAAGUUCUUUGCAGCUUAUACCCAAUUCUCUUCAGUAUCAUGGGUCAAAGGAAUGGAAGACGGGAAACGGGUGGGUGGAUUGGAGCCAAAGGUAAAAGAACUGAUUUACUGUGCUUUCGAUGCGGCUGCAACACACCUCUACGUGCCUGGUCUGCGGGCACACAUGCACAACGUGCUUAAAUAUGGAGGUACCCCCGAAGAGAUUCUCGAAGUACUGGAAAUUGCGACCCAAUUGAGUCUUCACACGGCGCAUGCGGCAACUCCAAUCUUGGAACAAUGCCUGGCAUCGCAAGAGGAAGACGGGGGUUGA